AUGCCAGGAACGAAAAAGGGCAUUAUGACGGAACCGAAAGUCGUUCAUAAUCAUCACGUAAAGUUCGGUGACGAUGUAAAACCAGACGAGGAUGAGAAAGACGAGCAUUCACGGCCUCCAUCACCAGCACCCGAUCCAUCGGAGGUAACUGCACCACCCCCUGCGAUACCGUGUGCCAUUAAGGACGAAGUCGAACUGCUACGGGCAGGUCUUCGUAACAAACAUGGUGACCAUGUGAAACAACAUCAUAAAUAG